AUGAGCAGCAGCGGCGGCAGCCGCAGCAGCCGCAGCAGAGCGCCUCGGCGGCACAAGAGGGAGCUUUCCGAUAGCUCGAUCCAGAUUAUCGAGAUCCGAAUUGUCAAUAAAAGGCCGAGGACCGAGGAGCGGCCCGCAACGCCGCCGCCGCCGCCGCGGGAGGAGCAGCGCCUGCACGACUUUGAGGACUCGCCGCCACGCAGGUUUAACAGAACUUUCCAGCGCGCCACGGCGGGACGCUUCUUUGUGCUGAGCCGCGAGCGGUGCGAUGAGUGGGACUGCCCGCAGGAGGAGUUUGAGCUGGCGGGAUCGACGGGCAAUGUGUACACGAUUCGGAUAGGGCGCGAGCUAUGGUGCGACUGUGAACAUUCGAUCAGAGGAAACGUGUGCAAGCAUCUAGUAUAUAUAUUGCAUCGUGUUCUCAAGGCCCCGUUCCACUUUCUCUACCAGUGGGCGCUCCUCAGCAGUGAGCUCCGGCAGAUUUACGACAAUCUCUCGCGCGGAAACGCUGCCGAGAACCGCAAGGCGGUCGAGGGCGAGUGCGCCAUCUGCUACAACGACUUUGAAAGCGGCGAGGACGCGCAGAGCCGCGCGGUGGUGUGGUGCCGCGCGGGGUGCGGCCAGAACCUGCACAAGACGUGCUUUGAGAGGUGGGCGCGCUCGUGCAUCGGCAAUGUGACGUGCCCGCUGUGCAGGAGCACUUGGGAGGCGGGGAACGAGGAUGAGGACGGGGGAGAAAGCUGGAGCGACUAUUGGGAAGAAACUCGACAUAAUCUGGAGAGAAAUUCACGGCGGUUCCGACGUCGCUAUUGA